AUAUAAGGAAGCAUAGGCACACCUCUGUUCGAAAUGAUAUCUUCAUCAAACACAACAACCAAUACAACAACAUAAUACUUUAUCUCCUUUCGUUAUUUCCUUAUUUCCUUAUUUCAUUUCCUUAUCAGUCAACCGUCGCUCUCUCAGCCACAUCUUACCAUCCUUAGACAAAUCAACACGCUCAACGCAACAAAAACAAUCCACAAAAUGCAAUACUCAGCCAUCCUCGUCUCUCUCCUUGCUGCCACUGGCGCUUUGGCAGCCCCUUCAUCUCGCCGAUCAGUCGACAAUGAGAUUCGUGUUGUUCUCAGCGAUCUCGGAGAAACAGGUGCUCAAGUCACUUUCAAAGAGGGCGUCCGCGACGUCCAAGUUCCAGCACUCAACGGACCCUUCGCCACUUUGGAAGUUCGUCUCGGAAAAGGCGUCGCACAACAAGAUCUCCGCUGCCAAGCUCUUGAUGAAUCAGGAAACCCGAUCGUCGGAGUGCGCGGCGCCAACGUCGACAUCACCUUCGCUGACGGCGGAAACGGCCCGUGGACAUUCAAGAAGCCCAGCCUAGUUAGCAAGGUCAUCUGCGACCCUGCUUUCAAGAAGAUCAGCCCUGGCGCCUUGGACGUGCGUGUUGUCCUUCAGAAUCAAGCCACCGAACUUGGAACUCAGACAGUCUUGGCCUCAGGUGUUCGCGUAGAGUCCUCCCCCCAGGGAUCUACCGGUCCUUAUCAGACCGUGGAGCUUCGCGUCGGCGAACUGGUUGACCCAAGCUAUCGGUGCAAGGUUCUCGACAACAAAGGACGCGCCAUUACCCUUACCAGAGGUGCCAAUGUUGACACUACCUUUGGCGACGGCGGCAACGGCCCAUGGACCUUUGACAAGACCCGAUCAGUCAGCAACAUCAUCUGUGACCCAACCUUUGUGAAGGCUGCAUAAGUUCACCACCUAUUUGCAUCAGCGAAGGCGAUUAACUGUUUCCUGGGCCGGAAAAUGGGGGCAUAAAGAAAAAGCAUCAGCGUUGCAUCGUGGAACCGGGCAUGACAUUGCAUCUAGAAACUGGCGUUUUUGUAAAUCUUGGAUUUGUUGUGUGGACACUCCUUAUAAUAUAAUAUAAUCAAUGACACUCAUU